UGUCCAGAACUGCCUGGCUGAGGGAAGGCCAGGAAAUCAGUUCCACCCCACUUGCUGAUGGUGGGGCAGGACCGGGGUGCAUGAGGUAGUAUUAGACCUGAAUCUAAGAUGACAAAUGAUUCGCCCCCUGGAUUAGUUGACACUUAAGUUGUAUGUCACAGAAGCAUGCUGUUAAGGACACAGAGGUGCCUCCUGGGCCCCCGCAGGCUGCCCCUUGGGGGCGCCUCAAGCUCAGGCUCCUUCUCUCCCUCGGGACCCCUAGCCCUGGCUUCCCUCCCCCUCCUGAAGACUGGCCAGCUCACCGCCUCCACCAGGUCCACAUGGUGGUGGAGGGGGCUCCCCAGAGCCCACAGGGCCCCGGAGAGGAGAGUCUGUCUUGAUAUCCUGAUUUCAGGCAAGGUCCUCUGAUUGAUGGUGGGCUAAGGGGUGGGGGUGAAGGUGUUAAUUAGUGUCCACUGUGAGGAGAUUGGGCCCAUUAAACGCUGUUGACCACAAUCUCAAGAGCUUCCUUUCUGGGGGGAAGGCAGGUGCAGACACCGCCCCCCUUCCAAGCCCUUUGGGGGGUCUUGGGAAAGAUGGGCUCUCAGAAGGAGUGGCACAACUUUGGGGGGAGGAUGGGGAUGGUGGCCUCGUGAAAUCUCUGGUUGCCACCCCACACACACACACCCCCAUCCAGCACCUUCUCACCACCACCCCCAACCCACGUCCUGCGUUUCAGCUGGCCAACCUGAUACAAACCCCACCAUGUCUGAUGACCCUCCUCUUAGAGGGAGAAGAGCCAAAGCCAAAGAAAUCCCCCCAAGCAAAGAAGGCCCAUCUCUGGGCCCCAGCUGCUCAGCACAACUUUCUGAAAAACUGGAGGCGCAACCUGGCCCUUCGGAAGAAGCAGCAGGAGGCCCUCAGUGGACACCUGGGGAAGCCGGUCAGCAAGCUGCUGAUGCACUCAGGGGAGACCUACAGGCAGAUCCGGGAGGAGCGCGAGCACAUAGACCGGGCCUUGCUCACACAGCACGACGGGAAGUGCCAGGCGGAGAGCAGCGGGUUCUGGAGCCGAGUGGAAUACGUGGGAGAUGAGAUGACAGGCCUGGUCAUGACGAAGACCAAGGCCCAGCGUGGCAUCCUGGAGCCCAUCCCUCGCAUCAGGAAGCCCCACUCGGUCCGGGAGGAGAUGGGACUACUGGCCCAGGAGGACAGCUGGUACCGCUACACCUGGGAUCGGAGUCUGUUCCUGAUCUACCGACGUAAGGAGCUGCAGAGCAUCCUGGCCGAGCUGGACUUCAGCAAGCAGGACAUCGACGGUCUGGAGGUGGUGGGCCGUGGGCAGCCUUUCUCGUCUGUUACGGUGGAAGACUACAUGGUGUUUGACAACACCUGGGAAACCUCCUCUGAAGAUUCCCUGAACCUAGACUUACCGACCAUUCACCCGGAUAUGCUCCCCAUGCCUGUUCUUGGCCCGUCCCUGCUGUUCUGCGGGAAACCCGCCUGCUGGAUUAGAAGCAGGAAUGCCCAGGACAAGAGCCAGGUCGGAAUUGCUGCCCGCUUGGUCUUUGAAACCCUGGAAGGGGAGACCACCUCCUCAGCGCUGACUGUGGUCAACAACGGCACGGUGGCCAUCUGGUACACUUGGCGGCGGCAGGUCCAGCAGCACUCUUUCCAGGACCUGAAGAGAAACAGGGUGCAGCGUUUCUACUUUAACAACCGGCCAGGAGUGAUUCUGCCUGGGGAAACCAAAACAUUCACCUUCUUCUUCAAGUCUCUGAAUGCUGGGAUCUUCAGGGAGUCUUGGGAGUUCGGAACUCACCCCGCUCUCCUAGGCGGUGCCCUACUGCAGGUCAAUCUAUAUGCCAUCUCCCUGACCCAGGAUGUGUUUAAGGAGGAGAGGAAGUUACUGAAGAGUAAGCUGACUGCCCAAGAGGCCGUCACCAUCGUGGACAGCGUGCUGCAAGAGAUGUUGAGGGGCAUCCUGACGCCGGAGCGCGCGCCAUCCCCCGCGGACGCCAACCUCACGGAGGAGGACUUGUUCCACUACAAGAAUCCCCAGCUGCACUACCAGCACCAGGUGGUGCAAACCCUGCUCGGCCUGUGGCAGCAGUACUUGAGCCUGCCUCCCAGUGCUGAGGAGGCCCAGCCCGGCCCGGCCCAGGCAGCCGUGAGCACCGACCCUUCGGCACACUUGAAGGUCCCCGCCGUGGAAAUCCAAGUGUCGCAGCCCGAGAAUGAAGCCCCUCGAGAAUCCACCACGUUGCAGAUGUUCAGAGGGGCAGCCGGGCCUGUCCACCGGAAGAGCAUCAUGGACGAGAUCCUGGUGCAAGAAGGCCCCGACUUGGAGAGCACCAGGACCCCCCGGGAGUUGGAGAGCCCACCCCCGGCUGCCUGGAACCUCUGCCUGGAAGACUUGAGAAAGGCCGUAAUAACACUCCCGGAGGAGAGCCAGCGGGAAGAUGCUCUAGUCACCCUCAACAGAGGGGCCCUGGAGCUGUGCCAGAAGCAGAGGCCGCUGCAGUCCAAUUUCCUGCAGCAGACCUGUUUGCAGCUGUGGCGGGAUGUGAUUGACAGCAUGGUGAGUUACUCCCUGUGGCUGAGGGCCCUGCUGGGCCUGCCGGAGAAGGAGACCAUGUAUCUGGAUGUGCCGGACGAGCAAGUAGAUCAGAAGCCCCCUCCCAUCGUGGAAGCGAAGACGGCCACUGGAAAGGUGGGGAAGGAAGAGCGGAAAGGAGCAGCCCAGGAAAAGAAGCAACUGGGCAUCAAAGACAAAGAGGAUAAGAAAAGUGCCAAGCCUGGGAAAGAGCAGGACCGUGCCAAUAGCAAGAAGCUCAAACCAAAGGAUGAUAAGAAAUUAAUAAAAUCCACAAGCCGGGACAGGCUUUCCUUGGAAGAUACUAUCCCAGAGAUUACCACCCCUUCCCAGGAACCCAUAGACCCCCUGGUCAUGGAGAAAUACCUCCACAGGCUGCACCUGGAGGUCUAUGGGCUGCUGGACGCCCUGGUGACCACCAUGAUGGUGUUGGCUGACGAGCUCACCCCCAUGAAGAACGUUGAGUAGCGUUCCUUUCUGUCGUUGAAACUGCCUUGCGCAUCCAAACAGCCUUCUGGGAGCCCGUCAACAGACACAUCAAUAGACUCUUCUACUCAUCAAUAAAGACAAUUUCUACCAUU